GUUGCAUUGUCGAAGAAAAUAUACAGAGAAAGGCAAAAGACAGAAGCAGGAAAAAGAAAAACUUGAAAUCUCGUAACGAUGGCGAAGCCAGUGUCUGAUUCACACAGCAACAGAGAAGCAGUUCAAGCAACAAACGACGACGCCUCGGCCAGCAAACUGUCCUGCGUGAAGAAAGGGUACAUGAAAGACGAUUAUGUCCAUUUGUUUGUAAGAAGACCUGUGAGAAGAUCUCCGAUUAUUAACCGUGGUUACUUUGCUCGUUGGGCUGCUCUUCGCAAGCUCCUGAAUCAGUUUCUUGAUACUGAAAAAAUUGGGGGUGAAAAGGGUCAUUUGAAGAAGCAGGUUUUAUCACUUGGAGCUGGCUUUGAUACAACAUAUUUUCAGCUGCAGGAUGAGGGGAAAGCACCCCAUUUAUAUGUGGAGCUGGAUUUUAAGGAGGUAACUAGUAAGAAGACCACACUUAUUGAAACCUGCAGUCAUUUGAGGGACAAAAUUAGUGCAACAGCUUCAAUCUCUCGAGAGAAAGGAGAAGUGCUUAGUGACCACUAUAAGCUACUCCCCAUAGAUUUGCGCAACAUACAAGAAUUAGAUGAUGUUAUAGCUUUGGCUGGUAUGGAUCGCAGCCUUCCAACUUUUAUAAUUGCAGAAUGCGUUUUGAUAUACUUGGAUCCAGAUUCAAGUCGUGCCAUAGUUGGCUGGACAUCAAAAGCAUUUUCAACGGCAAUAUUUUUCUUAUAUGAGCAGAUUCAUCCAGAUGAUGCUUUUGGGCAGCAGAUGAUUAGAAACUUGGAGAGUCGAGGCUGUGCACUCUUGGGCAUACAUGAUACACCGACAUUACAGGCAAAGGAAAAUCUUUUUCUUGACCAAGGAUGGCAGAGGGCUGUUGCCUGGGACAUGCUAAAAGUAUAUAGUAAUUUUGUUGAAGCUCAAGAAAGACGCAGGAUUGAACGGUUGGAAUUGUUUGAUGAAUUUGAAGAAUGGUAUAUGAUGCAGGAGCACUACUGUGUGGCUUAUGCAAUCAAUGAUGCCAUGGGUCUGUUUGAGGAUUUUGGUUUUCCUAACAACCAGCAGAAGCAGCAGCAGCGCAUGCAGAACGUGCCCAACCCCUCAUCCUCAUCAUCCUCAUCAUAUUAGACCAAUCCACUAUGCUGUUGCCAAGUUUGGUUAAACAAUGUAUCAGAUAAGCUCAUCUGACUGUGCAUGCCAACCCUACUGCCGGGGGUGUUUUGUCAGGUAAACAAAGGAUCUCUCAACUGCUGUAGUCUUGGCCCUGGUUUUCAAAAAGAUGAUAAUAUCACCAUCUAUCUCUAUCUGUGUAUUGUUUUGACUCAAAGAAAUGGAUCUUUUUUUUCUUUUGGGUCUGAAAAGAAAAUGGAUCCUUUCUUCCUUUUCGUGCUAGCUGUUUGGCAAAGAAAAACUUGGUGGGUCCACCAAAGCACCAAAAGCAUGUAAUCUUAUUGGCUUUGUGGGGCCAACGCCAUGUGGUGAGCAAAUAUACGUAUGCAUGGUUUGGUUCUUUCC